AUGAGCGCAAUUGCAAGCAAGAACCUCUACGACCUCCUGGGCAACGACCCGGAGCUCGACCCGGACAGGGAGCCCGAGCCGCCAACCAAGGUCAUCGACAAGCCAGUCGCACGAACCGGCAAGCGCAAUGCUGGCGCAGAGGGGCCUGCUAAGGACACCCCCCGUCCAGCCGCUGGCGGACGCGGUGGCAGCCAGCAGACAAGAGGCGAUCAAGAGCCACGUGAGUUCCGCGGCGGCGAAGGCCGUGGUCGGGGACGUGGUGGACGUGGACGUGGUCGCGGUGGUGCACCACGCGAUGACCGUCACAGCCAUACUGGCAUUGGCGAACAUGAGAAGCAGGCCGCUCACGGAUGGGGCGCCGAGGACGGCAAUGCCGAAUGGGCGGACGAGAAAGCCGGAGAUGCGAUUGCAAAGGCUGAGGCCAAUGACGACGCCGGCUUCACCCCUGACACCGCUGGACAGGACCCAGCCUUCAGCAACGGCCCAGAGGCCCCCACUGCCGCCGAAGAGGUUGCUGAGCCGGAAGAGAAGACCAAGUCCUACGACCAGUACCUUGCCGAGCAGGCUGAGAAACGCGCAGCGCUAGGUGGAGACGUUUCUGUGCGCAAGCCAAACGAAGGCUCUUCGACCAAGUUCCCAGAAGGCAAGGCCUUGUCCAGAAACCCAGAUGCUGAGAACUUCUUCAUCGGCAGCGGAGGCAAGUCAAAGAAGGCAAAGGAUGCCCAGGACAAGAAGGAGCGUGUCGCUCUCGAUGGCCAGUACUACGCUGCUGCCGACUCUGGAGACCGUGGUGGCAGAGGCGGCCGUGGUGGCGGACGUGGUGGCCGUGGCCGUGGCGAGUUCAGAGGCGAGCGUGGUGGCCGUGGACGUGGCGGCCGUGGUGACCGUGGCGACCGUGGUGACUUUAGAGGAGCACCUCGCGGUGAUCGUGGCGGCGCACGCGGCGGCUUCAAUGCCACCGACGCUUCUGCUUUCCCAGCACUGGGAGCUUAA